CAGAGAAUUAUUUAUUAUAGCCUUCGUUUUUACAAGCCUUUUAAGCUAUUGGGAUAUUUUUAUCAUCGUUUUGUGUAAAGUAGCCUAUUGCCCGUCAUUGAGAGAUUAAGCAAUUGCUGCUCCACCACAGACCACUGAGAAAGUGUCCUUAAACGUGGUGUGUUGUGUAAGCCCUCUAAGGGCCCCUUUGCUAUUUUUGUGCCUUGGUCCGCGUCACGGUUGGGUAUUUUCUCCGGUGACUGGCUCACAUCAAUAGAUCUUCUAAUGCCUACUCAGUCAGCCAGCCGCGUUUGAUUGAUGAGGUUUUAUACCUUCCUGAUUUUUUUCUUCUUCCUGAUUUCAGUUUCAUUCAUUAGCCAAAAUAUGCGGAUAAUGGACAACUGGAAUAUACAAUACGAAGAAUGUCACAUGUGACCGGCAAUAUGGGACAAGGGAAAAUACGACUGUCGGGUUUGUAUGAGGGGGUUAUGUUUGAUACCUCGGCGGUUGUUUCUGUGUAUGGGGAGGUUUUUCGGCUAACCACAGACCUUGAGGUUGUCUGCAUUUAAACCAGGCAGUAAUAGCCCAUGCAGAUGGUUGUUCUGAAUGCUGUGUACUGGGCACUACAGUAUCAUAUGAUGGGGAUUACACCCCAGUGUCCCAAACAGUGUAAUCUGCUUAUUAUAUUCAUGUAUUUCAUGUCAACAUAACCACCCCUUCUAAUAAAUGCUAUAGGCUCAGACGUGGGACUGCAGUAUGGAUGUUGUCCAGUUAUACAGUAAUUGCCUCAUUGUUCUCUUGCAGUAUGCUGUAAGCUAUGUGGUGCUUGUUGUUGUUAUUCUGCCAUUCCCCAUCGACUUGGAAAGUGCAUGCACCAUCAGAACCCUCCACCCACAACCAUUCACAACACCAUCCUACCACCCACCUCCUCCACAGUAACACUCCAGUGUCAGUAUUGUACAAUGGGUUGAUACAGCUCUACUACCUCCACAAGGCAGAGACAGAUUUCUGAAUGGGGGGCUUUGAUGAUGUAUGAGCACACAAAGUCUGCCUGUUGAGUUAAAUGUGUUGUUCAGUGUUUGUUUGUAUGCUCUGCAAGUGUAGGCUUCACUCCCUCUCUCAGGAGUUCAAAGGUAUUUGUUGUUUGUGGUGGUUUGCUAGAGCUUGUCUUGUCUCUGUCUGCCUCAUUCCCUCCUCUCAAUGCUGAGAAAGGAUGGAAACAGCAAUGAGGUCGUGACCUUGAAGAGAGCAGGCUCCAGGGGUUUGCAGUGUUGUCACCUCUGACAUCCCACCUUGCUUACCUCUGUAAACCUCAUCUCUGGGCAUCGCACUGGCCCAAGCGAGCCACCUUCAUACGCCGUCCCUCUCUCCCUGUCUCUCCAUGAAAGGCCCCCAGAAACAGAAUGGAUGACUGUGGCACAGUCUUCUAGAACCGGCGGUGUGAGGCCAUUUAUCAGUCACAAAUAUUCAGUGUUGGUUCUCAGGCUUGCAGCUGCUUUUAUCUAGACAUCUUGAGAGUCACCUUGGAUUUCUGUCCUCAGGUUCAUGCCUGGGGAGCUGCUGUAACAAAGACGGAGAGAGAGAAGGAGUGAGAGAGAGAGAGAGAGAGAGAGAGAGAAAGAGAGAGAAAGAGAGAGAAAGAGAGAUGAAAGAGAGAUAGAGAGGAGAGAGAGACAUAGGAUGUCCUAAUUAAGGGGAACUCAGAGGGUUUGAACCAGAUAAUCUUGCAUAACCUCGUUAUAGUGCACACAGCCUAUGAUACUGAGAAGAUAGAAGUAAUGUUCCCUCAGAGACCCAGGCCCCUGCUGUGGAGCUGGUGUGUAAAGGCCCUUUAGCUCAACAAUGCCUCAGACUGGCCCUGUAAUGACAGGCACAGACUCCAGUUGUAACUGAAGAUCAUGGAAGGAUGCUACUUUUACAAGACUGAUUUGGGGGCUAAACAAGAACAGAUCCUGGGUCUGUUAGUCGCAGGGUUAGGGCAAGGAUUGUGUUUUAGUGUGUGGAAAAAAUAAGCCUCACAUAGGCUCAAAGCUAACUUAACCAAACGCCAUGUUACUUUGUAUGUAAGCAAUCACAAGCACUACACGCGCAUGCACACACACACACACACACACACACACACACACACACACACACACACACACACACACACACACACACACAGAGUUCUGCAGUAAAUGUAGGGCAUCAGCCAGGGGUAAGAUGAGGUUGUGGAGGUAUUUUAGAGGCUGGUAAAAAGACUGAUUUUUCCAUUCCAUUCCUGCUGUGCACAUUGCUCGUUAUACAUUUUAUACACCACUUUUUGUUUAUUUGAAGGAUUUUAAGAGGGCAAUCAUUUUGAUUAGGAGACUAUUAACAUGUUUGAUUUGGUUUCUGUCAUCUUAGAUUCUAUUUUAUACUUGAUCUGAGUGCGAAAGAGUAAUGUUCAGUUUGCUUUGUUUAUCAUGAAAGAACUUGGAACAUUCUAUGAUUAUAAUUAUAUUCUAUUAAGUUAUAUUUUCCUUAGUUUUGUUUGUCUUCACCUGAGCAAUCAUUCUUAGCAUGACUAGCUAGUUUAUGUUUUUAUCAACUUAUUAAUGUUUCAUUUUACAAAUUAUAAUUUCUCUGUUUCUUUGGUUUCUUUCAGAUGUCCCUGUCCUGCAGCUGAUUCACAUUUCUGCUAAUAUUAUUAAGAUUACAUAACAGACAUUAUCUGGAAAUCGAUCCUCAAAGAAGGUGACAUUGGAUUAACAGGAGUCACUUGAAACUACAGCUGAAGAGAAAUGCUCUGUGUUGCCCCGGGGGAGGAAUGUUGAACAGAGAAAAAGGACAUCAGAGCCAGCAACUGUUCAGGCUAUAAGAGGAAGCCCCUGGGCGGAUUGAGAGGGGGAGGGACUCGAACCUACAACCUCCGGUGGCUCCAAGUGGAAACACAUGUGCAUCAUCAGAAAUGCCUCUCUCAGGGAAAAGGCAGCAGCCGUUAGAGGAUCAGCACGCCCCCCAACCCCUCGCCGCAGGCCAUCGUUACCAUGAGCUACCCUUGCACACUCCUCAGGAAGACCAGUCACUUACCUUCGCCAGACAGAAGACCGUCAGCCAGUUGGCGUCAGUGCCAUCCCUGGGAGGCUGUGGGCCCUCCCCCUUGAGGAAGUCCCCAAGUUUAUCCCUGGUCCCCCAGCCACAGGGCCCCCAGUCAGGCACAGAGCUGCUAUCGGAGGAAGUGUGUAAGAUAGAGCCGAAACCGCAAAAGCCUGGAAAGUAUGUUUGUGAUUAUUGUGGAAGGGCUUGUGCCAAACCCAGUGUGCUCAAGAAGCAUAUCCGCUCGCACACCGGCGAACGGCCCUAUCCCUGCAUCCCAUGUGGGUUCUCCUUUAAAACUAAGAGUAAUUUAUAUAAACACCGAAAAUCUCAUGCUCACUCUGUCAAAGCUGGAACAGUGCCAUUUUCAGAACUGGGAUCUUACAGUGCCAACAUGGAUCAGGGGUCCCUGGAAGGGGAAGGGGAGCUGUACUCCGACGCCGAGCAGAGCUCAGACACAGACGAGGACACACUCACCGACUCUCUGUUAGUGGACUCGGAGGAACCAGAGAGUGUUGCCGUGAAAACAUCUCAUCUCAUGGCACAGGAACAGGGAUCCACAAUGACGCCGAUUGAGGAUGGCUCAUCCCAGCUCAAAGAAAUCAAUGCAUCUCUUGCUCUAGCUCAGGUCAGCCCUGCAAUCCAAUCGAGCACCAUCAAGCAAAGGCUUGCGCUGCGGCUCUCGGAGAAGAGAAGCAGCGACACUGACCAGUCCCUCUCCCUCCCCAGCCAGUCUAGCAAAGGCAGCACAGACUCUGGUUACUUCUCUCGCUCUGAGAGUGCAGAGCACCAGAGUGCUCCCCCAAACACCAACGCCAAGUCCUAUCAAGAAAUCAUGUUUGGGAAGUGUUACAGACCAAGUCCCAAACAAAUGGCUGUUGUGACUUGCAGGGCCAACUUUAGCGAUUCCACGCCUGGAGAGGGGAAGGGUUCAGAGAGGGGGGUAUCCCGUGUUUUCACGCAGGAAAAAGAACUGGUUGAGUCCAUCAAAAUAAACACAAGGUCGUUCACGAGAGAGGAGAUUAAAGAUUCACAGCUGGACCCUGCCUCUGAUGCCGGGCCUCUGUUCCGGAGCAACUCCAUGCCCACGUCAUCGGCAGCCUGCCUCAGUAUGCCACAAGGCCUGCGAGGCAGCCACUCCUUCGAUGAGCGCACGAGCCCCGGGGGGAUGAGGAGGCUCCGAAGACAGGCUGCCUUCGAACUCUCCGUUCAUGAAAGCCACACCGAGACCGAAAACUUUGCAAACGUGGCUGAGAGCCCCCAGCUCGCACCGUCGGGGAUGGGUGGGGAAGGUCUCUCUGAGACGGUAUCCUGCACAGCACUUCAGAAGCAAGGGCUGGAACUAGCGACGAGGAAACGUCGGAAGGAGAAAAGGGAGGAGGAGGAUUCUGUGGGGCCAUAUGACAGGCGCUGUGACCUGUCUGAGGAGAGGCAGGACUUAGCCAGGCUUUACGAAUCACAACAGCUCAGCCGUGGGGCCGGGCACAGCGUGCACACUCAGCUGGACAGACACGACAUGGAGGUCUUAGUCAGCCCUGAAGCCAUAGGAAGAAAGUCUUUAGGUAAUGUAAUUUCUGUCAUUCAGCACACAAACUCAUUAAACAGGUCUCAGUCUGAACCAUAUCAAAGUCCGAGGCAGGACAGCAUUUGUUCAUUGCAAACCGCAAAGCAUGUUGAAGUGCAGGAGAGACCGAGUAGAGCUGAGAUUAUGAGGCAUCAGUUGAGUGAGUGUAGACUAGACCAGUCAUAUCAAAUGGGCCCCAAGCUAGUUCGCCAGUCCAACAUCCAGGUCCCAGAGAUCAGGGUCACUGUCGAGCCUGACACCCCAGAGAAAGUCCCGGAAGUUCAGGUGAAAGAGCCUGAAAAGCACGUGGAGGAGUUCCAGUGGCCUCAGAGGAGCGAGACAUUAUCUCAGUUCCCCCCUGAAAAACUCCCCCCGAAGAAGAAGAGACUGCGCCUUGCUGACAUCGAGCACUCCUCCGGAGAAUCUAGUUUUGAGUCGGCAUGCACUAGUCUCUCCCGGAGUCCCAGCCAGGACAGCAACUUAUCCUACAGCUCCAGCUUUUCCUUUGACAGAGAGGACAGCUUCAAGUCAGUCUCCCCGGGACGACCUGAUGAUGGUGGAAAACCGCUGGAGUUCCUUGCUGUGCCAGGAAGUGGCAACUCCCUCUUGGUCCUGAACCAGCGUCAGCAACAUGAGAUGAGACGCUCCUCGUCUGAACAGGCCCCGUGCAACCUGCGCAGGGAGUUCCCCGAGGCGCGCAGCAUGUCGUUUGACUACGGCAGUCUGUCUCCAACGUCACGGCUUAGGCAUGGGGGCGUCGCUGGGGCUGAACAAGACCGGAGUCAUUUGGUGCGGCAGGAGUCCUUGAACAUGGACCCUGAAUUCACCCACUUGCGUCUGUUUCCCCAGUGUUACGGCAGCAGUGCUCUGGCGUUGUCAGCGUCCACCGUGCUUUCACAGCCCCUGCCAGGAUCUGCCACCGGUAACAUCUGCCCUCAGCAGCCCGCCCCCAGCCUGACAGUCCCUGUCAGGAUCCAGACACACGUGCCGUGCUUUGGUAGCAUCACGUACACCACCGUGUCACAGAUUUUGGACAGUCACCACAAGAACCAAGGUGUCGGUUCCACCACAGUCUCUUGUCAGCCCGUUUUAGGUUACACCAGAGGACUUCCCUCUGAGCCACUAACAGUCCAGAUUCUCGAUCUGUCCCUGGCCAAGCUGAAGACGGGCAUUCCUCUAUCCCUGACCUCCAGGACUAUCUCAACCACCAACGCUUCCAGUGGCGGAGCCAGCAAGCGCGUGCUGUCUCCUGCCAGCAGCCUGGACCUGUUCAUGGAGGUGAAACAGCAGAAGCGGGUGAAGGAGGAGAAAAUGUUUGGCCAGAUCGUGGAGGAGCUGGGUGCUGUGGAGUUGGGGAACCGCUGCAUUACUGAGCAAAGGCACGUGUCGGAGGUAGGGAGUGUGGGCUCUCUGGGCUCUCAGGAAGAACCCCUGGGAGCACACUUCACCUCAAAGCAGCACAUGCUGACAGAGAGCUGUGAUGUAACAGACUCAGCCAUGGCUUGCUCUCCAGAGGAACCCAGCGCCCGGCCGUGUUCUCUGCAGUAUGCAAGCGACCCCCCAGAGGGUGCCAUGGACACCAAGGUGAAGAUGGAUACGUCAGAGCAGUUGGUGCACAGUCAAGACAUCCUGUUUUCCGACUGCAAAGGCUCCAAAGUGCUACCUCAGUUUCCGAGUCUCGGCACAACAACAGGUGUGAGCUGGUGCUAUCUGAACUUCACCAAGCCCUGCAGCUCCCACAACGCGCCUCUCUCCUCCGUGUACGCUGCCUGGUGUGUGAACUCGCACGACCCCAACCCCCCUGACCUCAGCACCUCGGACUUCCUGGCCCUGUUGCGCUCCAAGCAGACGACAGAUACCUGCGCCUACACCAUGGCAGCUAUGCAUCAGCCGAGGACAGGGAAAGUGGUGUCCUCGCUCCUCCUGUGGAGACAGAGACUGGAACAGCUCCAGAGGAAACCAGAGCUGAGAGAGGUGGACCCCCCCUGUGGGAGAAGACCCAAGGACACCAGCUGCAGGGGCAAGGCUGCAAAGGAGGACUGGAAGGAGCGGGAGGCCCCGCCAAAGCAAGCUGCACCCACUCGCAUCAAGAUCUUCGAAGGAGGGUACAAGUCCAACGAGGACUACGUGUACGUGAGGGGCAGAGGCAGGGGGAAGUAUAUCUGCGAGGAGUGUGGCAUCCGCUGUAAGAAACCAAGCAUGCUGAAGAAACACAUCCGCACACACACGGACUUGAGACCGUAUGUCUGCAGGGUCUGCAACUUCGCCUUCAAAACUAAAGGAAACCUGACCAAACAUAUGAAAUCAAAGGCUCACAUGAAGAAGUGUCUGGAGCUGGGGGUCUCCGUCUCCUUGGACGAUGCAGAGAUACAGGAGUUUGAUGACCUCCAGUCCAAGGCAGGCGGACUGAGUGCAGCCAAGCACCAGUUUUCCGACGCGGACGACUCCGACGGCAUGGACGAAGAGAUUGACGAAAUUGAUGAAGACGAGGAGGAGGAUGACGAAUACGAGGGGGACUCUACUCCUAAAAUGGGCUCCAGGAGUACGAGCCCCCAGCCUUGUGGCGUUGUCUCUCUGUCAGUCACCGCCACCGCUGUCAUCCACGGCUGCUCGUUCAUCCCCCUGCCAGACGCAGAGCUCCACCCCCAACCCCCCUGCAGGAGGACGGCCACCGACCGCAGGAGCGUCCUGGCCGUGGUCGACAAUGACCAGAGAGAGAGACCACAGGAGGAGGACUCGCUGAACACGCUGUCCUCAGACCAGACCUGCUUCCUUUUCGACACCUAUCCUUCCUGUCUGCUGUCACCGGGCUGGGAGUCCCCCCUGCGUGAACCAUCUCCCUCCCGCCUCCGCUACCCCUCCCCCAGAAGAGAGCUCUCCCCUCGAGGACGCUCCUCCUCCUCCCCCCGAUGGGACUCCAGCCCCCUGCGGCCCAGCUCACCCAGCCUGGUCCCCAUCCAGCACCUUUCCCCUGCCGCAAUGGAAAGGCCCCUGUCCCCCGGAGCGGAGCAGGGGGGGAGGAAGGAGCCUUUGGCGAGGGGCCGUCAGAGGGUGGUCCUAAGGGCUGUGUCCCCACGGCGAGGCUCGCACCAACACAGAGGAGGGGAGAAGAUCAGGCACCAGGUCAAGACUGAGCUGGUACCACAACCAGAGACCACGGAGAUGGAGCUGGAUCAACGGAGCAGAAUACCCCAAAAUCUAUCUGGUCCUGCCGGUUCCCCCCACCAGAACAUCCUCAGCCAUCUACCCCUUCACUCCCAGUUGCAGACCCGGAGCCUCCUCCCUGUGGUUCCCAUCGGUGGGAUCCAGCUGCUGCCUUGCUCCCUGCUCUCCUCCAGCUCAGCCCAGGGUCCUUCUCCAGCUCCCAGCCCCCAGAGCAGUGACAGCCCAGGAGGAAGCUCUCUGGACGGCUACGUCAGAGCUCAAGACAACGGGGAGGAAGACUCGACCCAGCCGUGCGACAGUCUCUCCCCCCACCAGGACUCCCUUGAGAACGCCCCGCACCUCACCAUCAACAACAUUAAGCAAGAAGAGAAUGUCCAGACCUGCAUGAAAGCAAUCGCCUCCCUCAGCAUCACCUCAGUGGAUAUUAAGUAGGCCCUCAACAUAGAAACACCCUGGAGGAUGGAUACACCUCCAGUGUGCGUGGGUUUGCUAGAUCCCACAACCCACAGAUCCCUCCGCCCAUCCAUGAACUCUUAUAUGACCUUUCAAGGCUUUAUCUUGUCCAUGGACUACCUUUAUGGUUAAGAAGCAGCCAUGUUGCUAGGUUCGCUAGAGACUGGUUUGAUUUAUUAAUUCAGAAGCAGGAGUCCAGAGGACGUUUUGUGGGUAAAUGUGCAAUAUGGAAAGAAGAUUAAGCUUAAAUAUCCCUUUAUUUGACGUAGUAGUUUGCAUAUAAUUGCACACAAACAUAUUUAUUGAUACAAAUAUCUAUACCCAAUGUGCAUACAAACAAUGUAUGUGUACUUCAAAAAUAGACUGUUGUUUAAUGUAUUCAUAUCGAAUGGUGUAGGGGUUUCAUUGUUAAAGUAAGGAUUUAAUCCUAAGGACAAUUAAGAAAAGGGUAGCGUCUGUAUUUAGAAAAAACAGUCAGACCAAAUUUUUUGUAGACCUGCUUAUUGUGCAAUUUGGUGCUUUUGAAUAAGCCUCACAAUUCUGUGCCUUUUUAUUUUGCUUCAUUGCCCUGUUUUGUCAUAACUGAGCAAGAAGAAGUGUUUCGGAAGUAAUUUCCAAAGUGUCGGAAGUGAGGUGUUAUUGUCAGUGAGAUUGCUCUUAUCCAUAGCCUUCGAUUUGUGUAAACUAAACUGCUGAUAAGCGCAGAUUGACUUCUGUUCAACAAUCAACGUAAAAUGUUUUACUUUGUCGCGUUUUCUCAGUGUUGUGGUUUAUCUUUGCAAAAUGCAUGAGUUUUGUUAUUGCACAAUUAGAGAAAUGUAAUUAUGUAUAAGAUGUCUUUAUAACAUUAGAAGGUAAGCACUUAUUGAUCCUGGUAAAUAUUUGAGUACUAUUUAUACACUAUAUAAAUAUAUAGAUACCUAUAUGUCUGCAUCGGUGAGCAGGCUGGUAUAGCUUUUUAACAGUCAUUGCUUUAUUGGCUUAACCGAUUUUAGUUUGUUUGUAAAGACCAUGGAACUAAUGAAUGUGAAUAUGCACUUUCAUCUAAACUUGGAUGAAAAACUGAUUUGGUUGGUUAAGAAGAAGCUACAAUCAGAAUUUAUUCAAAUAUGAUUUUAAACAUUCCAGUUAUUUGAUUGAUUUCUCAUUUUCUGUGCGUGUUCGGCGAGCAAGCUCACAUGCAGGUACGGUAAGCAUCAGGGGCUUGCUUUGUAUUUAUUUUAAGCGUUGCAAAACGACUAUCAUUACUGUUUUAUGUACUGUAGUAUGAUUAUGUUUAGGUGUCGAAGGUUUGGCUAGGAUGCUUCGUUUUUCACUUAAAUGCAUAUUAACUUUCUGUCAUUUGAUGACUUCAGCUGUGGCGUUGCAUCCGAGAUCUUCUAUGUGAUUUGUUGGUAUCUGUUUGAAGGUAUUUUGACUUCAGUUUAAUGUAAGGACAAAGGGAAACUUCUAUUCAGAAUAACAACCGUCUACUACCACAGGGAAAGAAAAUCAAAUUUACAUCUUCAAAAGUAACAAACACUAGUUUGUUCAAUAUUUUGUAAACACAUUUUAUUCCCUCAUGUUUACAUUAUGAAUUACUGGUGUACUUCUCAUUUUAGUUUGAACACAUCGAGUCUUGAGUGUAAUGAUCCAAAUGUUACCAAUGUAUAUUGCCAACAGUGUUCAAUGCUCGUUCUUGAUUAACGGAAAUGGGUGGUGUUCAUUUUCCGUUCCAUUUGAAUUCAAUGUUUGUGACUGUUAAAAUUGUUUUAUUUUGUAUCGUAUUUACGGAACUGGAUUGUGCCUCAUGUUUUCAACACUCCCUGUGCACAUACAGAGAACAUGUUAUUUAUCUCUGCAAUGGCAUUUUAAAGGUACAUUUUGGGGCAUAGUCGCUUGUUUAGUUGUUAAGCAUCAUUAUGGAUAGUACGGAAGGAGUGCCUCUUUUACUCUAAUAGGGAAUUUAUUGUUUGGUGCUCUACUUUUUAAGAUUACAUUUAAAAUUGUUUUAAAAGAAGAUACUCCUAAUCUAUGCAUGUGUUGAGUCUUAUUGUUGCACAGUCUCCUACCCAAGAUUUAUACUGCAUGUCAGU